AUGCUGAGAAGUCUGAAAGGACUUGUCUACUAUCCUCUAAAGCUGGACCAUGGGUAUGCCCUCCAUGCAGCAGCCAAGGUUUGCUUAAGUUCCAUUGCCAGCCAGGAUGUCCAAACACUGGCUGAAAGACCAAGAGCUUUUUUCUAUACCAACGAGAGUGACCCGGCCAAGCACACAGAGCUCCAUGAGGGUCGCCACUACAGCAUCCCCCUGGAGGAGCUGAGAGCUGUGUUUCCACACGGACUGCCCUCCCGCUUCCAGCAGCAGAUUAAGACGUUCAAUGAAGCCUUCGUGAUGGUGCGAAAACCAGCCCUAGAACUCUUCACUUACCUGAAAAGCUCCAACUUGGCACACCCAGCAGUCAGAUAUGUGAUCUAUGGUGAGAAAGGAACAGGGAAGACCAUGACCCUGUGUCACGUGGUUCACUACUGCGCCAGGCAGGGCUGGCUGGUGCUGCACGUCCCCGACGCUCAUCUCUGGGUGAAAAACUGCAGGGAACUUAUGCAGUCUUCAUAUAACAAAGACCGGCUUGAUCAGCCUUUGCAAGCAUCUUCCUGGCUCAAGAACUUCAAAACCUCCAACGAGCUCUUCCUGAAAGAGAUAAAAACACAAAAAAAAUAUGUCUGGGGCAAACGAGAAAGCACGGAGGAGGGCAGGCCUUUGGGUGAAGUGGUGGAACAGGGCUUGGCUCGGGUGAGAAAUGCCAGUGAUGCUGUGGGGGUUGUGCUGAGGGAGCUCAAGCAGCAGUGUGGGAAAGGCUCAUUCCAACUGCUCGUGGCUGUGGACGGUGUCAACGCGCUCUGGGGAAGGACUACGCUAAAGAAGGAAGACAAGAGCCCUGUUUCUCCAGAGGAGCUGACGCUUGUGUACAACCUUAGGAAGAUGAUGAUGAACAAUUGGAACGGAGGAGCUGUUGUGACCACCCUCAGCCAGACAGGCUCCCUCUUCAAACCCAGCUCUGCCUAUUUGCCCCAGGAAUUGCUGGGAAAGGAGGGGUUCGACGCGCUGGACCCUUUCGUCCCCAUCCCGGUCCCCAACUACAGCCCGCGGGAGUUCGAGAGCUGCUACGGCUACUACCUCGACCGCAAGUGGCUGCAGCACGAAAAAGGUCUGACCCUGCUCCGGAAGGUGUUUCCUCAGACCGACCAGGAGGGCCCAGCUCUGCUGGUCAAGGAUGUUUUCUUGGGCAGCAGCAGGCAGGUCUGGUCUGAUUACCUCAAUGUGCACUUGCAUCCCAAAAGUGUCUACGUCAUCCCUCAGUACAUGCAUGAUGGGAAGGUGUUUCCUCAGACCGACCAGGAGGGCCCAGCUCUGCUGGUCAAGGGAAUAUUUGGAGUUGAAAAGACCUUUGCAAUUCAUCUCUGUCUCAUUCCAGGUGUUUCUCCUGCCCCUCCACAACUCACUGUUUCCCAGGAUGUUUUCUUGGGCAGCAGCAGGCAGGUCUGGUCUGAUUACCUCAAUGUGCACUUGCAUCCCAAAAGUGUCUACGUCAUCCCUCAGUACAUGCAUGAUGGGGACUGUGGUUGUCUGGAAGCCUUUGGACAAGGUGAAAGUCUCCUGCAAGAUCCUGGCUGCCUAGAGGAGCUGGAAGAUCGGUUGCACUUCUAUGUUGAAGAGUGUGAUUAUCUGCAGGGAUUUCAAGUCCUAUGUGACCUACACAAUGGUUUUUCUGGAGUUGGUGCCAAGGUGACAGAACUGCUCUGUGAUGAGUAUUCUGGAAAAGGAAUCUUGACAUGGGGCUUGACUCCAGUCACAAGUAACGUGGGUGAUUCUCAGAAGAAUUUUUACAGACUGAUGAACACAGCCCUGGGAAUUGUCCACCUCUCCAGUCACAGCUCCCUCUUUUGCCCCCUGUCACUCAGUGGGAGUCUGGGAAUCAGGCCACAACCUCCUGUUUCAUUCCCAUAUAUAAACUAUGAUGCAUCACUGAACUACCACAGCAGUGCAAUCCUGGCAGCAGCACUUGAUACCCUCACCGCUCCCUACCGGCUCAGCUCCUCCCAGGGCUCCAUGAUGCAUCUUGCUGAGACACUUAACUUCUCUGGGAGAAAGGUUGUGGCUGCCUGGGCCUCUGUUCCCUUUCCUGCCCUACGUGGCUGCUCACUCUUUGAUACUUUGUGCACCUACGAGCAGGACCUGCCCUGGAAGCUUCUGUCUUCAUGCAGGGAGCAAAAGGUCAGCUGCUGUUUUGCUCAGUCUGUUGUGCUACGAGGAAUUUGCAAAGAAAGUCACCUCAGCAGCUGCCCAGGAAAGCAGCCUGAGUCUCUUCUCCCCAUGUGGGAGAGCACAGAGCAAAUCCUGCAGCAUUACCUGCACACUGUGUUUCCUGGGGCAUUCAGCACAGCCCUUGUGCUUGAGCAGCCCUGUCACACCCAACCUCCCUACCCCCAGUUUUUCUCUCCUCUUCUGACCAGGGAAGGCUUUCUCCUGGACAGACCUCCCAGAUAUCCCUCAGCAGCUGUAGAAAGCAUCCCUGUUCUGGCAGCCCUGCAGGCUUCCCCAGUCCUGCACACACUCCUCUACAGCCUAUACAAGGACCUGCAGAAGCUGAACACACAGCGCUGGGCCAGCUUCUUCUCUGCUGGAGUGGAACAUGAUGACUUCCAGGAGGCCUUAGAGCAGCUAAGAACUCUAUCCCAGUGCUAUGAAACAGGGUUUGAAGCAGAUGAAUCUGAGGAUGAAGGAGACUCAGACUAA